AUGGCCUUCCAGGUCCCGCACGUUCCUCGCCGCAGGACCUCCUACUCGAGUCCCCAACCGCCAGCUCUCGAUAUCCCUACCUCCUCCCGAGGGCAGCCCGACGAUGACACCGCGCAAUGGGUGCUGUUCUCGCCCACCGCUCGCACGCACACGACCUCGACUGAACGCACUCGCACCGUAGGUGCUACUCGAUUAAGCGAUUUCGGCUCUUUUGCAGCGACUCGGUCUGCCACGGGAGUGGACGGUGAGGGGUCAGAUACCCUCGACCAACUGGACGAAGACGGAACCGAGCUGGAUAGUCUGGAUGAAGGAUUACACGCCUUUCGGGCUCCUUCGUUGGGCCCAACCUCCCCCACAAGGGUGGACCAGGGUCCACCAGCCUUGCUCCCAGCCCAUGACGGAUUAGGCAGUUUCCAAGCAUCCAGCCAGGCGGUGCAGGAACAGCUAUGGCAGCAUGAACAGUAUAACCCGCAGAGGCUGUCCUACGCCCACCUCCAACACCGCCGCCAGUCGAGUGUGCAAAGGCACCUGGACACCGCCGAACAAAGGGAAGCAAACGUCGAAAGAGAGCGUUGGCAGAGAAUCGAGGAGUGGCGCAUGGAUCAGAGCAGGGCUUUGUUCCAAGAAAUCGAGAGAGAGACCCGUCAGCGAAGGACCAGUCGGACGAGCCGUUUGAGCGUUGAUCGCUCCGUCGACCGCUCUGUGGGCCAGCCCACUCCAGCAGACAUUUCCAGUAUAUCCCGCGCUGAACCGCCUCCGGAAGGCGUAUCGGAAGACGAAGAAUCAUUCUGGCGCCGCAUCACGCGCAAGGUGAUCCGUGACCUCAUCGGGAUUGAUGAUGCCUUGCUCUCAGUUAUAUUAGGGGAAUCAUUGCCGCCGGACGCCUUCAAUGAACCCCAAGAAGAUCCUCUUAACAUGGAAACAGUACUAGCCCGCGAGCCGGAGCCAGAAUAUAAUGAUACGCCGCCGUGGCAAAGCAAGGUGCUUCAACAUAUUGCCCACGAGCUGGGUGUUCUGGUGAAUCAACUCUGUGAACACCCGGGCGCUUUUACGACUUAUUAUCAGAUGACGAAAGAUAUAUCUGCAGAGUAUGCUGGCAUGCCUUUGAACCGUCUCGCAGAAAGCAGCGUGACUCAAGGUCCUGCGGAGUCUACCACACCGACUGCUACCGACACCGCUGGCGAGUCUAUGCUGUCUCCACAUUUCCUCCCCACUCUUCGCGACUCAAAUCGAGAGCAUGAAGCCCACUGGGGCAUUGAGGAUGAUGACCCCAAGCCAUCUGACUCUACGGCUGAAUCAACAAAGCUCCAAGAAUCAGAGUAUUGGGAGCGCGGUCUUGACGUCAUGAUGGUUUUCCGCUAUCUGCGCAACCGCUUCAGCCGUCGAGGAUAUAUGCCCAACGACACACAUACCACUCACACACCGCCCCCGCCCCGCCGAACUCAGGAUGCAUCACGCCGCGCGGCCAUCAUUCGGCACCAUCACCCACUUGUGGCGCGGGCCCAUUCCCGAUCCCAAACCCAGACGCGUCGCCAGUCCCAAUAUUCAGGCGUGUCAAAUCCAGCAGUCUCAGCACCACUUCGACCCCAUCUCCGUCGCCCUAGCUCCAGCUGUGCCAGCCAAAGCGCCAAGCUUUCGGCGAUCUCAAGCCGACGGACUAUGACAGGAUCCAGUCGCAAUUACUGGGAUAUUGGCGGCAGUGAAACCAAUAGUGCUAUUGGUGUCGGAGCAGGACUCGGCACAUGGGGUGAGGUUUGA